CUUCUCAUUUUCAUCACACCCUUUUUCACUUCAUAGAGAUGGACUUGAGGAGUCCCAAAUAAAAGAUGAAUCCUCUGCUCCUCUGACCGAACACAUCAUUGCCUCUGAAAAGUCGCUUUUGUCCCAAAAUUCAGAUGACGAUGAAGAAUCUGUCGUUCUAUCAGAUGAACUGAGUGGGACAGACGAAGACGAUCAUGUGACCCUAAACAGCCCAGAUGCUGAAACUGGCAACACUGACCUCAAAUCAGCAAGCUUGUUAUCAUUGACAGAAACUUCAAAUGUGGAGUUGGUGGAGAGACGAGAUGAUCUACAAGGAAGUCCACUUCCACCUAACCCGCUUUUAGAUUUAGAAGCAGAGGAAGUAGCAGCAGAUUCAGAAGAAAAUCCCUUAAAUUCUGGACUAGCUGACGUAGAUGUAGAUGUUGCAGAACUUCAUGGAACUGAGGAAUCCUUUGAAAGUGACGUGCAUGUUUCUGAAGAAGAUAAAAGUGUUAAACCCCAGCUUGAAGUAGCUGAUGAAGAGUUGUUCCUUCCUCAAAAUGAAAUCAUUCAGGGAAACCAGGAAGAACCGCAACAGGCCCAAAGUGCAGAUGAUGAUGCAGCUGGUUCUGACAGUCUGAUUCAAACGGACAUCCCAAAGGAGGAUUCUUUGGCUGAAUUGACCUCAGAGGAACCUGUAGUUUCAGUUGGGAUGGAAGAGUCAGAUGGAAAGACUGCUGCUGAAAACACACAAAUGAACUUGUUAGAAUCACAGCAGAAGGAAGAGUUGACUGAUGGUUUAGCAGACCAAAACGUAAGUGACGCAGAAGACCAAUCUAAACCUGAAAUGAAGCAAUGUGAGAGAGAGGUUGACUCUGAAGGGGAACAAACAGAAAAUCAGUCUUUGGCAUUUGAAAUCCUGAAAGAGGAUAUGGACAGAAAUAACUCUGAUUUAAAUGACAGUGAUGAUGGUGAGAAGGAUAAAGGCGUUAAAAGCAUCCGCGCAUCAGAUCAGCCCACCACCGAGGCAGAAAAUGACAUUCGAGUGGAUGAAGCAGAUCGCAAAGAUGAAGAGGAGACGCGUGAAGGCCCGGACGAGCAGAGUCAAGAGACAGAAAACGAGACGCAACCUCUCUCAAAAGAAGACGAGGGGACGGACGCGGGGGUUGGAGAGGAAGAGGAGACGCAGGGUAAAGGUGAGGUGGAAGUGAAAGAUGGCGAGGUGGACCUCGAUCCAUCACAAUUAACCCAGUUAAGCGGAUCUAUGGCUGGGAUGGAGGCAGAGAGCGAAACCUGUGAGGAAAGUGGGCGCCUCUCACCACAGGAGAAGAGUCUUGUGGAAUCACAGCAAGAGGAAGUGACUCCACAAGAGAAGAUUGCAACAAGCAACCUGUCAAUGACUGAAAGCUACGAAGGAGAAAGGUCAACUGAACCUGAAAAGGACCUCUCAGAACCUAUAAGUAAAAAGGGAGGUUAAAGGUGUGAUGGAGAGAUUACAGCCUGCCCCGCUUUCAUCACUCCCACAAGAAGAAUCAGAGCUUUAAACGAUCAAAAACGUCUUCCAAAGCGUACCACAUUCUUUGCGACAUUUAUCAAAGCCUCCUGCUUCAAAGCGUGGCAGCAUUAUUAGAGUGUGCUGGAUGCCAUUGGAGGCCUCAUGAAAUCUACAGAGCCUCAGCUCUCCUCCUUUCAGGAAGCACAGACAGGAACUUGAGUCAGUCAUCCUAAAAA